CAUAGACUGUCCUCCACAGAGACCAUGCAAGUGUUCAAGGUUGUUCCUGUCCUCCUUUUGCUGAUUUAUACCACUGCCAGCAUCACCAUAUGGCCUACACACACAAUCUGCAAGAACAAUAAUUUGGAUGUAAAGUACCGAAGCUGUGAUCCUCUGCAAGAUCUUGCUUUGAGUGUUGACAGUUGUUCCUAUGUACCCGGCAUAGCUAUUAAUAUCCAAAUAGCAACUAUUUUAAGGUACACCAUCAGUCAACUCUCUGUGGAUAUCAGUCUUACUCUUAAUGGACAACGUAUACCAGUUUAUACUAAACAACUCUGUGAGCAAAAUCAGCCACAGUUUCAAUUCUGUGGAAAGAAGAAAGGAGAAUAUAUUUACUAUGAAGGGCCUGUCUCCCUGAACGUGGAGGGCAUCCCACAAGGAGAAUUUAAUGUAACGGCACAGCUCUUCAAUGGAGACCAUCACACAGUUAUUUGUGCUGAUUUUUUUAUCAGGAAUCGCUGAGGAGGUGCUGUUUGUUGCUCUGUGAGCUGGCAUUGCCUAGACAGUUAAAAUCAGCCUAAGCUUGAGAGGUACAGGGAGAACCCAUUUCAAUCUACCCAUUAUAACAUGCUGAAACAAUGGAAAAAGGAGGCCUAGUGGCUGAUUGAGUUCAGUUGCUUUUGAAUUAAGUUGCAAUAACCUGAUAUAUUCCAAAGGAUUCACUGCAGUACAUUUAGUUUUACUUUCUAUAAGAUUCUGCUUCCUUUUAUUAAACCUUUUUGUUAAA